AUGAAUGAAACAGAAAUCAUAUCCUUAGAUAAAAGACAAAUGUUCCACGACAGCAGCCAGACUAGUUAUGCUUUAUCAAUUAAGUCUCCAAUUGAUGGCAAGGAUUCGAAAGUGCUAAUCAAACCAUUGCCAGCUGCGAAUAUGGAUUUUGAUGUAAAAAUAACUGGAAACUCGGACGAAGAAUCAUCGGAAGGGAACAGUGUCAGUGACGAUCUUCAAGGUAUAAAUGGACAAGUGUAA